AUGGUAAAUCCUACUGCAUCCUCCAAUAGGGACUCAUCCUCGGAUUCCUUCGAUCCCUCUGCAUCCCGCGCGGACAAUGGCGACAAGGAGAUCGAUAACAGCGCCGGCAGAGAAGAAGUCAAGAUCUACAAGACCAUCUCCAGGGUGCAUCGUGCCUGCAAUGCCUGUCGCAAACAGAAAGCGCGCUGCGACGGUCCCGAAAACCCGCCUUGUCGCAGAUGCAGACAGGUCGGCAUCGAGUGCAUCUUUGAAAAGCCACCCAAGGAGGCUGCCCCUUCCUCUUCGGCCGCUCCGGAUACGAGCGCAAGUGCCGACAGGAUCCGCGUCUUGGAAUCGCAAAUGACAGGAAUGCAGAGCAUGAUCUCGGAGCUCGUCGCUUCCAUCAAAGCCAACACCAACGCCAUUACUGCACCACCAUCGCAAUCACCCCGCGCCUCAUCCGCCUCGUCCGCUUCGCCUCACUCAUCGCGAGCCUCCAGGCAGGACCCGUAUCAUUCCCAGCAUCGCCAGCAGGGCACCCCACUCCAGCAGAAUCCGUACGCUCCUCCUCCGCAUCAUCGCAAUCCGCAGCACGGCAUCUCCCCUUCCGCCGCCGAAGGCAUGCAAAGAUACCCACCAGAUGCGGGCCCGACCUCGCAUCCGCAGCGCCCACCCUUUCCAUCCGCUUCCCGUUCCUUCGGAAGCAGCAACAGCAUAGCCAGCAUCGGUCCCAAUUCUAUGCAAUCCAUGCCCGUCCAGGCUGCACAGGCGUAUCCUCUGCAGCAACAUCCCUCCUUCCAAGCACCAUACGGCCAGCCCUCUUCAAGGCCCGAUCAGAACCUUCUCCAGCAGCAGCCCGAGCUCGAGUCGUUCGACAAUGCUUCCAACAGCAUGUGGAACACCGGCCUCAACCCGUCCUCUUCAUCUCAAUCGUUCGAUGCACAUUCGAGGCGACGAAGUGGGUCGCGAGUCGCCUUCGACCAGGAUGACAGAGGACGGCAAUCCCAGUCUUGGCAAGGGCGCAAUCUUGUCGGCUCGACCACGUCUCCUGCAGCAGGUUCAGCACCGCCCGCUGGCACUUCAUCUGGUUGGACUCCUACCUCGUCGGGAACCAGUCAACCGCAACGCCACUCGAGUCGCCAUCGUUGGACCUCUUCCGAUCGUGCCGGCAGUCACAGUCACAGCAUGGAUCAGAACCUGACCCCGUCAGAUGGUCCCACGGCUGGUGGCGAUGACGGCGAAAUGCGCGAGACCGAUAUUAGCAACGAUCAGCUUAGUGCACCCAUCGAAGCACUUCGAGGCCUCGCCGACGCUGCCGCUGCUGCUGCCGAGUCGGAGGGACACACUUCCAAUGACUCCAGUGAUGAAAAGACAGAGGCGGACAACACCAUCGCUCGAUCCAAACAGGGCGGCGAAUCAUCUUCAGCGCCUUCGCUGCAACUGGUCGACGAAGGUGGAAAGCGCACCAAAUUUGCACAGCAACUGGACGACUCCUCCGAAACCAGUUCCAAGACUCCACGCAAGAAGAGACGUCGCGACACGAACGGCGAAUCGCCUAACUCGGCAGCUCUGUCUGGCGCAGGUCUCGACGGCCAGGGUGGUACCGUUGGUUCAAAUGCUUCAGCAUCGGCUGCAGGCAAUGCUGGUGCCAAUGCCGCAUCGCCCUCCGGUGGAAGCCGAUCCGGCAGGAUGGACGCACCCGGCCUCGUGUCGGGCGCACCUGGCGAUCUCGUCACUUUGGGCCUCGUCAAUGAGUCCGAUGCGAUCCGUCUCUUCGAGACGUUCCAGAAGGGCGUGCCCAAGUUCAUCUCCAUCUUCCAUCUAGAGGACGAAUCGAUGACCACGGAAGAGGCGUACCAUUACGUACGAACCACCUCGUACUUCCUCUUCAACGUCAUGCUAGCGAUCGGCGCCAAGGUCGAAUGCGGUGGUAAGAGUCCCAGUCGUCUGUAUCAGACGUGCAUGGCGCAGGCGAAGCGGAAUGCGAAAGACACCAUGUUCAGCCCCGUGGCUGGCAAAGCAGCGGUGCAAGCUAUGGUUCUGCUGGCUGCUUACAGCGAAAACGGCUGGCUGCCCCUCGGACUGUCCAUCAGGAUGGCGCAGGAGCUUGGCCUCGACCGAUCCUUCCAGAAGCUCAUGUCGGCUCUUCCGGCGUCUGGCUACGUACGUCACCCUCAGCCGCCCCCGCCUCCCAAGCACUUGACCUUCUACCACAACUCGCCCUCGUCUCACUACACCGGAUCGCCUGGCGAUGUCAACUCUGUGGGUGGCGACUCGGUCGAUGGCAAGAUUGGUGGUCCGGCCAGUGCCACUGGCGCUAAUGCGGUAGCUGCCAACGCUGCUGCGAGUGGUGAUGCUGAUGCUGCUGCCAGACGCGAGCUCGACGAGCUCAAGGAUCUGGCCCGAGGAUCGAGGCUGUGGUUCUUCCUUUUCCUCUUUGAUCACCAAGCCUCGUACGGGGCCGGUCGACCGGCGAUGCUCUCCAAGCAUUAUGUGCGCAACUGCAGAGCCUUCCUCAAGCUCAACUAUCCGCUGACGGUCAAGACGGACGCGCGUUUCAUCAGCACGCUGGAGCUGCUCAUCAUCCGCGAGACGCACUACGAUGCCAUGGCGCCCUACGACCAGCCGGUCGAUGCGCGCAUGCUGUCCAAGAUGCGCAAAGUCACCGAAGAGCUCAACGAAUGGCACCAGUACUGGUCGUCGGACUUCGAGAGCCGAGGCUACGGCCAAGACUCGUUCUUCCAGCAGUCCCUGGUCCUGCAGUGCGCCAGUGCCGAGCUCUAUCUAUCCUGUACAGCGCUGCGUGGCAUUCGGGACGCCAAUGACGCUGACCAGAUGGGUCCCGAGCAGAAGGAGCUCAUCAUCCAGGCCACGCGAGCAGCCGACACCUGUCUGAGCAUCUCGGUCAACUCCAAGGAAUACCGCGAGAUGCUCGGAUGGGCACCACACUAUACGCACGUCACAGCUGCCUUUGCUUGCGUCUUUCUCAUCAAGAUCGCCCGCCUCUUCCCGCGUCAGGUGGACACCUAUGGCAUCUUCAGCAAUGCCGAACGUCUGGCGAGUCGCUUGGCGGAGGUGCCCGCGAGCAAGUACGCCCGAGUCAUUCGUAUCUUGCUCGCUCAGGCGUGGAAGAAGAUCGCGGACCUGAGUCCAGCCAUUGGUCUCUACGCCGCGCUGGGAGCUGAAGCCACGCGACCGGGCGCUAUCACGCCGGCCGAGAUCAAGACCGGUGGACCGAGCGACUCGGGUAUUAGCCUGCUGUAUAAGCUGUUGCAGGACUACCAGAACGGUCAGGGUGAAGGUGAAGGAGCCGGCGGCGAGGGCGGUGCGCAGAACGCUUCGAACAACGAGGGAGCCAAUGGCGGGGCUGGCGAUGCUUUCGGCGGUACUGGCUCGGGCUCGCGCACUCCCGGCUUCAGCGACCUGAUCAACAGCGGCAAGUGGUUGACAGCGGGCAUCUCGUCGCCCUCUGUCGGCAACACAGGCACGCUCGCUUCCGCAUCUGGCACAUUCUCCCCGAACAAAGCCGGUCCCGGCAUGCCCUCGCAUCGCGGCAGCAUCGCCGGUAUCGACUACAGCAACAUCACCUCCGGACCGGGGGACAACUUUCAAUGGUCCUCCUUCCUCGGUGCGCACACGCCCUACGACGGCUCGAACCCCACCUCGCACCAACCCAUCCAACUGCCGCUGUGGAUGCAGGAGAGCACGGGAGGUGCCGACAUGGCCAGUUUUGAUGAAAAGCCGUCACCAGCUCCGCGCAGCUGGGGUCAACAGGAUCAGUAUAAGUCCCCCCUGCCGCACCCGCCUGGUCAGUAUGCAAGUCCGAACUAUCCGAUGCAACAACCCCUCAUGCCACCCCAUCAUAGGCAUAGCAACUCGCUAGGCGUGCCACCGAGUCCGUUGCAGCACCAGCCCCCACAACAGGCACAAGGGGGGACAGCGCAGGGCGGGCCAGCGGGAGGGAUGCAGGGUUUCGGAGGGACAAACUUCGAUAGUGUACUCAGCGAUUUAGGACUACCGUUGGAUGGUCUGGAUGGGCUGUUCGGUGAGGUGCCCAUCAACGCGCCUACAGGACAGAGCAACUAUUCGGUCUAG